AAAGAGAAAAGGAGCAAAACGAAAGUGCAAACACAACCUUAUUUGUUGGCAAGUGUCUUGUCCCACACACAAAAAUUUAUAUAUAUCCGAAACUUUCUCGCUAACCAAACGGUAUUUAAAAAACAGCGAAAAGAAAUUCAAUUCUUUCAGCUCUCCCUGUCUCUGUGGGAUUUAAAGAAUACCACCGCCAUGUCUCUUUUUCUCUCUCUCUCUGUAGUUUUCUAGGAUUCGUUCAGAGAGUUUCUUGAGAAACAAACAAACCCAUCUAGCCUUAUUACAACUCUCCACAUGUGAAUACUACUAACGUUAAAAACCCUUCUCCUAUCAGCACAAACGUUUGUAGAUAAAGUUUCUGAAGACCUCUUAUCCAUUUGCCUCGAUUUCUGCGAAAAUCCAAAAAAACUCCUAAAAUAGAAAGAAAAAAAAAAAAUCGGAUUGGGGGCUAAUAGAUUUUCAAAGAAAAUCUAAAAAAAAAAAACAUUAUGACGAGAAGGCAACAUCAAGAUCAGCAAUCUAAGGUUCUCCACGAGCUUUCAGCUCUGGUUCUUAAUAUUCUACGAUCUCCGCCGGCGCCGAUCCCGUUCUCCGAUGACUCUCCGGCGCCGAUGACCACGACCAGGUCGGCCGCGGCGUCGGCGUCGAGACGGUCGUCGACGGAGGCGGCGGUUGCGCAGAUAACGCCGGCGGGGUUCGCGUCUUUGAUGCUGGGGAUAUCGUUGGCUCUGAUGCUGUGUGGAUCGGUGACUUUCUUCGUUGGGUUUUUGUUGAUGCCGUGGGUUCUGGGUUUGAUCAUGGUUUUCUAUGUAGCUGGGAUCGUCUCCACGAUUUCUGUGUUGGGUCGCUCUCUUCUUUGUUACGCCACGUCACCACCCACGCCGAGAAAGGACAUUCCUGCAUGGAAACUUUUGUGAAGAGAGAGGAUGGUUUACACAGAGAGACCGAGAGAAGGAAUUGGAUUGUGCAGGGGAGGAUCUGAGCAAAGCAGAUGUACCUGUGCGUAUUGCUUCUUAUAGCAACUUAUAGGACAAUUAAAACACCGAGCUUCUUCAAGUAUUGAUGCAGGGAGUGUGGAUUACUGUUUAUUAAUAUAUUUGUAGAAAUAGUGAAUUGUUAAAGAUCAUCAUGUACUGUUGUUUGAUGAAUAUCCAUUUGUGAGAAGAAUUAGGAAAGCUAUUCCAA